GCACAGCGAUGCCCCUCAGCCCAUUAGGUGCCAGGGCUGCAUCCCGUCAGGCAGUCAGUGCGGAGUGGGAGGCGCAGGCGCAGUAAGCGCUGUUGUCAGCACCCCGGAGAGCGGCUACGGACUGCGCCCAAGGCACAAGGGGGAGGCGAGGGGACAGUGUGGGGCUGGCGGCACCGUCCGAACCGGACCAGGAGGACUAACCGGAUUCCCUGCCGUGUUCUCUAUCCAAAUGUCUCCCGGAGAGCCAGCCUGGGAGGUACUAUGGGCAGGGUAAGGGCAGUAGGGGCGGCUGCUUUGUAUUAGCCCAGUCUGUGUGCCACUUGCCCAUAGCCCAGUCUGUGUGCCCCCCUUGCCCAUUAGCAGCGGGUCCCCUUUACACAUUACAUGGGCGGCUGCUUUGUGUUAGCCCAGUCUUUGUGCCCCAGUUGCCCAUAGACCAGUCUUUGUGCCCCAAUUGCCCAUAGGCCAGUCUUUGUGCCCCAAUUGCCCAUAGCCCAGUCUUUGUGCCCCAGUUGCCCAUAGGCCAGUCUUUGUGCCCCAAUUGCCCAUAGCCCAAUCUGUGUGCCCCCCUUGCCCAUUGCCCAGUCUGUGUGCCCCCCUUGCCCAAUAGCAGUGGGUACCCCUUACACCUUACAUAGGGGCGGCUGCUUUGUAUUAGCCCAGUCUAUGUGCCCCCCUUGCCCAAUAUCAGCGGGUCUCCUUUACACCUUACAUAGGGGCGGCUGCUUUGUAUUAGCCCAGUAUAUGUGCCCCCCUUGCCCAUUGCCCAGUCUGUGUGCCCCCCUUGCCCAAUAUCAGCGGGUCUCCUUUACACCUUACAUAGGGGCGGCUGCUUUGUGUUAGCCCUGUCUUUGUGCCCCAAUUGCCCAUAGCCCAGUCUGUGUGCCCCCCUUGCCCAUUGCCCAGUCUGUGUGCCCCCCUUGCCCAAUAUCAGCGUGUCCCCCUUACACCGUACAUAGGGGCGGCUGCUUUGUGUUAGCCCAGUGUGUGUGCCCCCCUUGCCCAAUAUCAGCGUGUCCCCCUUACACCGUACAUAGGGGCGGCUGCUUUGUGUUAGCCCAGUGUGUGUGCCCCCCUUGCCCAAUAUCAGCGGGUCCCCCUUACACCGUACAUAGGGGCGGCUGCUUUGUGUUAGCCCAGUGUGUGUGCCCCCCUUGCCCAUAGCCCAGUGUGUGUGCCCCCCUUGCCCAUAGCCCAGUGUGUGUGCCCCCCUUGCCCAUUAGCAGUGGGUACCCCUUACACCUUGCAUAGUGGCGGAUGGGUGCAGCACAGUAGCUAUGCCCUGGGCCAGUCCCUAGCUAUGCCCCAUAGCCUGUGUGCAGGGGGGAGGCCAGGGAACGUGUAUAAGUGCCCCCAGCACUGCCAGUAAUGCCGCCAGCGACAGAACAAUAAGAGACGCCUCUAAGCUCAGUUCCAUGGCUGCAAGGCUGCAAGAGCCAGUUGCCCCAGAGAGGAGCUAAGCCACAGCCUGGCACCUGAGAAUGGCCGUGCCCAAGCAGGACAGAGCCUUAGUAUGAUGUCACGCCGUGAGUGUCUAUCUCCCUGAGACAGAUGGGUUUCUACAUCAGCUCCCUGUCGAGGUCUCCCUGCACCAAGACCCAGGUGAGACAUUAUCAAGUGGCCCCCAGUUACAACUACAAGUGGACAGACAUACACUAUGAGGCCAGCAGAGGGAACGUGGAGAAGCUGCGCGUGCUACUCAGCACCACAGACAAGGAGCUGGUUGACAGGAAAGAUUAUUAUGGAAAAACACCGCUGUACUGGGCUGCAUAUAAAGGCCAACGCCUUGCCAUGGAGUUAUUGCUGCACUACGGGGCCAACGUAAACAGCUGCUGUAAGCACGGCGGGACCCCGCUCCAUGCUGCCAUUGGUUUGUUCCCAGACUGUGCCCUUUUACUUAUACAGCAUGGAGCUGAUGUCAACCUGCAGGAUAACUGGGGGGUCACUCCGAUGUAUCUGGCUGCCUGCAGUGGGCAAACGGAGUGUAUACGGCUCUUAGUGCAGGCCGGAGCGGACAUCACCUACAAGAACAAGAAAACAGGAUUACCUCCCAAACGCCUUGCUUCCCAAGUUGGGUUCAUUGCCUGGAUAGAGUCUUGCUCGCGGCAGCCUCGCUCUCUGAAGCAUCUUAGUCGGCAGCGGAUCCGCGCCACUCUGGGACCCCAGCGCCUCCGAGCCGUUAGGACUUUCAACUUGCCUGAAUCCCUGAAGUGCUACCUUAUGUUUGAGGACCUGGUACUGCAGGAACCCGUUUAGCACUGGCUGUUGUAUAUAUCACUGCCUCCCACGCAGUAUAAAAUGCCUCCAGGGAUUUGUAACUAUGCAGGGAUGACUGAUACCUACCCCCAUUGGUAGGGAAGCUUUUUGUAAUGCUGACUAUUGGAGUCCCAUAGACCCACCAUGUACAAGCAAGGAGCACAGCCACCACCAUGGGAAGACAGACUUGGGGGUACUAAGUGCCCUAUGGGAUAAUGAAUUGUUCCUAAUUGGGGUGAUAAUGGAAGAUGAUCUUCCAACCACACAAGCCACUGCAGUGAAGCCUGUAGAACCUGCGGAACCUCUUGGGCUGCCUCUGCCAACUACACAGUCAGCUUCAAUACAAAGUCAUUGCCUUUUACUUCAUGAACCUAAACUAUAAUAUGGACCAUUAUGAAUGGAUUUCCCAGCACUUAUUUAUCCCAUGUAAUAACUGGUUUGUGCCAGGUGAGAAUAAUAUACGGCAGUAAAGGGAAACAAGCGUAUUGAAUGAUCAGUGGCGUAUCAAUAACAGUAACGGAUCACAUGACUAAGAAGGUGAAUGGAACGGUCCCACGAUUACUCUGCUCUACCCCUGCACCCACCAGGUCUGGGCUGGGAUUCAAAAUAGCCCCUGGUAUUUCAAGUACACAGAAGCCCAAACAGCCCCCCAGCAGCCCAAUAAAUAGUGACUGUCUAUGGCAUCUUACAGAACCCACAGAUUGCCAGUCCAGGCCUGGCACCCACUACCCCCUGAGUGGUCCACAAUCCCCUAUGUGGGUAGGGCCCAGAAUGCAACAUUAUGUCCCUGUGCAUACAUUUUUAUAGGGUUACCACCUGUCCAGUUUUGAACCAGGCAGUGUGGUUUUCAUGCAACGUCAUUGCUCCACAGGGUCGGACUGGGAAAAAUCCCGGUGGGCUCUAGUGGGCCCCAGCCACCCAGACCCAACCCUUGCCGGCACUCCCCCUGCCCGACCGCUCCUAAUUUACGCGCUCGGGGGAGGACGUUGGGUGGGAGGCCCUGCGAGGGUGGUUAGGGCGGCCCCUCCGGGGAGGGGGAAUAGAAGACGCAGCUGGCGGGGGCACCUGUAGGGCCCCUGGGGCGGGAGCCCCGUUGGGCCCUUCACCCCCCAGUCCGACCCUGUUGCUCCACCCCCCUGAAAUCACCUUCCCUAUUCCUAUGUCGCUGUCUGGAUUCAACAGGGUCGGAGGGCAGCAACCCUAGCUGUACAUUGCUCUCUUUGGGGUUGCUAUGUUAUAGAGGGAUAUAUGUUCAUUAAUGUCAAUGAGUCAGUGAGCUGCAGGGAUUUGGCCUCGUAAAAAUUUUUAACCCCUGCUAUCAAACAUUUUAAAGAGACAUUUAACAGAUACUGACCUCAAGAAUAAUUUACACUAGGUAGAUUCAAUAUAGCACUUACCUGUAUUUGUAUCAUCAUGUAAAUAUUAAGCUAAGAGUUUGUAUAUUCACCCCAUAUUGGCAUGGGUUCCCUCCGGGGGCUGUGAUUGGCUCCUACAAUCCAAAAACAAAAAGCAAAGGUUAAAUUGGCUCCUGGUAAAACUAACCAUGAUUCACGUGUAUGGGAUAGGGACCUUAGAGUGUAAGCUCCACAGCAGCAGGGACUGAUGGGAAUGAUGUAUAAUCUUUGCAAAGCGCUACAGAGUAUGUUGGCGCUAUAUAAAUAAAGGAUGAUAAUAACCUGA